AUGGAGCAGUUUUCAUUAUGCGACGCUGUACGAUACGCCCGCGCCUUUGAAGUCGGUCGCCCGCCCACCUCAGUCAAAUACAACAUGGCUAUCAAGCUCAAGACCGCCAAAUCUGGUCCUGUAAUCCGCAAUAGAAUCAGACUGCCGCAUCCCGUCAAGACAGAUGUGCGAAUUGCUGUCAUCUGCAAAGAGGACUCUUCAGUUGCAGCCUCCGCGCGCACAGCCGGCGCGGUUGCCGUUGGUGAAGAGUCGCUUUUCGAGGCCAUUCGCGAGGAUAAGAUCAAUUUCAACAAGCUGAUCUGCCACGUCGACUCCCAGACCGCGCUGAACAAGGCACAGCUGGGUCGCAUCCUUGGUCCUAAGGGCAUGAUGCCUAGUAUCAAGACGAAGACGAUCACCCGCCACGUUGUUCCUCUGAUGAAGGAGCUUGUUGGAGCCGACGACUACCGUGAGCGUGAUGGCGCUGUGCGCCUGGCUGUGGGCCAGCUGGGAUACACACCACAGAUGUUAGCCGACAAUGUUAAGGCGUUUGUGGGCCAGGUCAAGAAGGAUAUCUCUCAGCUGGAAGAUACUGUCACCAAGGAGGUGCACGAGGUUGUCCUGAGCACGACAAAUGGGCCAGGAUUGAGCCUCAACGGAGGUUUCAACUCUACUGAUGAGACCAUUAAACCCGAACAUCUUAGGUCAGUGAUGUAA